CAUGUCAUAUCUGUUCACAUGAACUGUAUUCACAUGUGCUUUAAAAAAGGCAUUUCAUGAUAAAUUUGAAGUUGUUAUAAGGGAAUUUGUUUUGCUUUGUAUUUUUUUUGCAUUUGUUCUCAUCCCACUGGUAAUUUGCCUUUUUUGCACUGUUUGACUAAGUUAAAAUUUAUCAAUUGCUUUUUUUCAAAUGCACUUUCAUUAACAUUUGCAGGGCUUGAGGUUACUUAGGGAAUUUACUGAAUUUAGCAAUGCAAUAAUCAAGAAAGCCCUACAAACUGUAGAAAAGGAGGGGCAUCGUAAUGUAGAAGCAGUACCUUAGAGCAAGUGGAAGUGUGCCUUUUAGAGUUCUAUGUACAGAUAUACCAGGAUGAAAAUGAAGAAAAGGUCUGUAAAACCUUUAAUUCAGUCUGUAGUUUGAGCAGUGGUGAUGUGGUGACAUUUGUUAACUUUCAGACAGAACUCUCUGAAUCUGUUUUGUAGUCAAUAUUUGAAUGCUUUAGAUAAAUGUGUAGUAAAUUAAAAAAAUAAAACCAUUGUAAAGCUAUUUAAUUGGGCAAUGGACCACAGCAUGUGGACAGUACAGCCUGUAUACCUUGUGGCCUACAGGGUCUGGAAUUCUGCAGCAGGAAUGUGGGACCAUUCUUCCAUAAAGUGUUGUUCUAGACUAUCCUGUAAAGGUGAAAAGUUGGGAGACAUCGAGAGAAUAAAGUAUUUCAUAGGAAAAAUUAAAACUCAUGACCUGAAACCUCUUCACAAGCUUCUAUAUAACCGGCCAGGCGCUGAAAAGACUUUAAAGAGAAAUUUACGUCUCUUCAAUGGGUUUGCAUUUGAGAAAAACAGUGACCCCUACAAUAAAAAAGUGGAAUCUCUUAAAAGGCUUACGAAUGCAAUGCUGAAGAAGUUAUGUCUUGCCCUUGAUCUGGAAAGAAAUGGAAAGCAUGAUGAGCUUAUAGACAGAAUCAUGACUUUCCUUUUGAAACCAAGGACAACAGGAAAGCCUCUGCCAAAGAGCAAGAAGAAGAAGCCUAAGAAAGGGGAGAAAAGGGGCAACAAAAGCCGUUCUCCUAGCAAGGCAAAGGCCAAAGUGACAAAGAAGUCAGAGGAGAUUGUGAUGGAGACCAGCAGCGAAGAGGAUGAAGAGGAAAGCAAGGAGCAGGCCUCGGGGAAAGAGGCUGUUCGGAACGUGCAGGAGAAGGAGGAUGAUGAGGAAGAGGAGAGCCCUAAACCUCAAAAAAAGGGCCAGAAACGGGGGAAGACAGAGAGCAUCAGUGCAGUAACAGCUAGGGAGAAGCGCGAGGCUAAAGGAAAGAAAAAGGAUCCGUCUAGUGAUGAGGUUUCAGAGGUAUCUGAUCUGUCUUCUGAAGAUGUCAGCUCUGAUGAAGAAGAGGAGGCGCCCAAGAAAGUGGCAAAGAAAUCUCCAGCAGCAGCAAAGAAGAGGCCUGCCAAAGCUGCCAGUGUCAAGAAAGCUGACAGCAGCAGCACCAAGACAAAAACAACCAAGACAAGUAAAGAGGAAUCAGAAGACAGUUCAGAUGAUGAACCCUUGAUCAAGAUUGUGAAAAAACCACCCACUGAUGAGCAGCUAAAAGUAACAGUGAAGAAGUUAUUGGACAAUGCCAAUUUAGAAGAAGUUACCAUGAAGCAGAUCUGCAAGAAAGUAUACGAGAGUUAUCCUGACCAUGAUUUGUCCAGCAGGAAAGAUUUCAUUAAAACAACAGUAAAGGAGCUGAUCUCCUGAUGAAACAUCUGGAACACCUGUGCUGUGAGCAUAAUGGGCGAAAGGAAAACCAGGAUUUUUAGGAAGGAUCACAUCUGAAUUUUUUAAUACCAGCAAAGAAAAAGAAUGUAUUGACUUUGUACUUGUGUUUUAAGUAUUUUAAAAACAUGCUCUGUUCUUGUCUUAAGCUGCUCAUGUAAAUAGCUUCUUGUGAACUGUUUUUUCUAAUGUUUUUAUAUUAGUUGGAUGGCGGCCUUCAUUACAGCUAAGCUUGGAACUUUUGUAUUCUUACAUGUACUUACCAGUAACUAUUGAAAGAGGUGUAAAUUUGAAUAUAUUGGGCUAUGAAUAACCUGCUUGCUGUGUGGUUUAGGCACAGCUUUAUUAUUUUUUUCUGGAUGCAUAUAGUUUUUAAAAAAGAGGGGCAUGGGUGGCAGUGAGGAGUGUUACAUGAUGAGCAAAGCUGGGUCUACAAAGGGGGAUUUUUCAUUUUUCCAGACCUGAAUGAGAUGCUGUGUCAAUCUGCUGUUGCAUGGUUGACAGCCUUCUUUGUGUAAAUUUGUUUCUGUGUAUGUUGGGGGUGGCGUGCAUCCCCCUUUUCAUUCUCUACUAGCAUGAAGUUGAUGUUGAAAUGGCAGGUCAUUUGCAGGUGCCAUUACAUUGAUUUAAGACAGGUGUUGUAGGAUGAUGGUUGAAAUGGAAACCCAGCUGAAACUUGGAACUUGGUCUGUCUGACAAGCAGCAAACAGUGUAUGAUGGAGGCUUUCUGUUUGUAGAUGCUUCUCGUGUUUGUAGGUGAGUUUUGAUUUAAUCGGAGUCUAAUCUGAAAUUGGAGAAGGGUUUAAUUCCUGAUUCCUAUUAGCAAAAAAUGAUGCAUGUACAUUUGUAGUGCCAUUCACAAAUCAAAAAGGCAUCUCUGUUCCCAUUUUUGUAUUUGCUUAUUAGUGGUGUUUUUCAUGUUGUAUGUAUACAUGCAGUUAAGAUGGAAGUCUAAACAUGUUACCAACCAUUAAAACAUGCAGUUUUGUUUUAAAAUGCUUUACAGCUGUUGCAACUAUCUUUGUAUCCAUCCCAUCUUUUGGUGACAGCACUUUGAAGUUGUCUUUUACAUGAAAAUGAAUUCCAUUUUGCUAAAAAUGCCACAUUUGUGAUAAUACUUGAUGCCAUACAGAAUGUUUCUUUUAAGGUGGUGAGUAAUGAUUUAAACAGAGGACACCUUAAAAACAUGGUCUCUAGGUGGCAAGAUAAAGGGAUGGGUUUGGCAGUGAUGAUUUUUCAUUUUAUCCUGGUUUAAAAAAACUUCCAAUUGGAAAUUUUGGAUUUUAUUUUUAUACCAAAAUCAUUUGAAUUGUUGAACAAUAACUUGAUCUUUACUUUUUAUUAAAAUCCAUAAAAAUG